AUGUCCCUUCCCUCGGCCUCCAUAAGUCCCAGUCUUCAGACAGCUCAGGUACAAACCUAUCUUCCCUCUCUAGAAAAUGCUCAAGACUACCAAUGGAUUGGCCUGAAUGACAGGACCAUCGAAGGUGACUUCCGCUGGUCAGAUGGACACACCCUGCAAUUUGAGAAGUGGCGUCCAAACCAGCCUGACAACUUCUUUGCCACCGGAGAAGACUGUGUGGUGAUGAUCUGGCACGAGAAGGGCGAGUGGAAUGACGUCCCCUGCAAUUACCAACUGCCCUUCACGUGUAAAAAGGGCACUGUGGCCUGCGGAGACCCUCCUGAGGUGGAGCAUGCCAGGACCCUCGGACAGAAAAAGGACCGAUAUGAGAUCGGUUCCCUGGUGAGAUACCAGUGCACUGAGGGCUUCGUCCAACGCCACGUGCCCACUAUCCGGUGCCAGCCCAAUGGGCAAUGGGAGGAGCCUCGGAUCACCUGCACAGACUCCACUACCUACAAGCGCAGGUUACAGAAGCGGAGUUCACAGCCGACGUGGAGGAGCCGCCCCAGCAUGGUCCACUGAGUGUAGCGUUCAGGAUGCUGAGCCCAGGAGCCAGCCAGGCUGACCACACAUCCCGCCCAGAUGAUGUCCUCUUCUUGUCACUUUUUGUCAUACAAGAAAUCCCAUUAAAGAAGAGAAAAAAAAAUCCCACAUUUUGUGUACCCAGCCCCUAACCCCCAUAUCACUCAAACUGCAUUUGUCCCCUGAAUGCCAAAGCAAAUUUCCUGUAACCCGUGGA